UCGCUUUAUUAGGGAGGCGCGGCGUGGGGAAGUGCCGGUCAUUCGCACAGUUGCACAGGAUGAGAGUGGAAGCGACCCUGAGCUGCCUCCUGUUACUGGUAGUGGGCGAGGCUGGCGGGGUACCAGCCUGCAAUUAUCCCCCGGCACUGUGGUGCAGCUCCUACCAGAUCGCCAGCGCCUGCCAGGUGCUGCACCAGUGUUUGGAGUUCAAGCAGCUGGAGCCCGCUGAACCCGUCCAGGUCAGCCUGUACUAUGAGAGUCUCUGCAGAGCAUGUCGAGGCUUCCUUGUAUUGCAGCUUUUCCCCACUUGGCUGAUGCUGAACGAUGUGAUGAACGUCAGUCUCAUCCCAUAUGGAAACGCUAUGGAGAAAAAUGAAAGUGGGAAGUGGAUUUUCACCUGUCAGCAUGGCGAGGAUGAAUGUACUGGAAACCUGAUUGAGGCUUGCUUGAUGUACACCCUCAAGGAAACUGAACGAUACUUCCCCAUCAUUUUCUGCAUGGAAUCGGCACCCAAUGUGCUUUCAGCUGCUCCGCUGUGCCUAAAAGUUUAUGAGCCCAAUGUCACCUGGAGCGUUAUCGAAAAUUGUGUGAAAGGCGACUUGGGAAACAAGCUGAUGCACGAGAAUGCAGAACGAACUUCUGCGCUGAGACCACCUCACAACUAUGUUCCCUGGAUCCUGGUCAAUGGGAAACACACCAAUGAGUUGGAGGUCCAGGCUGUAAAUUCUCUGUUUAACCUGGUGUGUAACACUUACAAGGGGAAGAAACCAGUGGCUUGCGAAUUAGCCGAAGGAAGGGGUUCAUUCCCACAGUGCAUGGCUCCACUAAAGUGAACGGCGCCGCCCCGCGUUAGUUUAAUGUGUGCGUAGAAAGGAGGUGCAUUUUGUGCAGGGGUGAUUGAAAGCUUCGUGUUCAUCUGAGACUACUACUACUAACCAGCAAAGCUGCAGCUGCUAUCUGAGUCCGCUGAGCCGCGGGCCAGCGGAGACCUGAAACUGAUUUCUACUAAUCUUUGCAUUUUUUUAAUCCCCCGAACCGAAU